UUUACUUCCAGGAUACGUGUGCGGUAACUUAUAGCCUUGAGUGAUUCGUGAAUCCUUUCCCAAAUCCCUAUUCCAAACGCAGAAGAAGAUCGAAAUGUGUUUAUAUGCUGUUACUAAUUUCUGCACCGUAUAUUGACACGUUAUUUGAUCCAGACGCGCAGAAUGAUGACGCCAUCCUCCUGCGACACGUUCGUGGCUUUACCUCCAUCCUCAGAGGGACAGCGCGUCAUCUUUGGCAAGAACUCGGACCGACCCUGUGAUGAGGUGCAAGAAGUGGUGUACUUCCCCUCCAAAGACUACAGUCCAGGAGAAAACGUCCAGUGCACAUAUAUCGAUAUAGAGCAGGCGACCCAUACUCAUGCUGUAGUGUUAAGCAGACCAGCAUGGCUCUGGGGAGCUGAAAUGGGAGCCAAUGAACACCAGGUCUGCGUCGGAAAUGAGGCUGUGUGGGGGCGAGAAAGCGCUGACACUGAGGAAGCUUUACUGGGCAUGGAUCUGGUGAGAUUGGCUCUGGAGAGAGCGGACAGUGCGGAGAAGGCUCUGAAUGUGAUAGUGGAGCUUCUGGAGAAAUACGGACAGGGUGGCAACUGUAUGGAAGAUGAAUGCACAUUCACAUACCAUAACAGCUUCCUCAUAUGUGACCGGACUGAGGCCUGGGUGCUCGAAACCUCCGGGAAAUACUGGGCUGCAGAGAGAGUAGAGAGUGGAUAUCGUAAUAUUUCUAAUCAGUACUCCAUCACUACAAAAAUCGACAAGGAGCACCCGAACAUGCGGGAGUACGCACGAGAGCAAGGCUGGUGGGACGGCAAGGAGGCAUUCAAUUUUGCAGAGGUUUACUCCUUUAUGAAUACAGCACGCAUAGAGGCUGCCGGUGGGCGCUUCUGUGAGGGACGCAGACUACUGGAGAAAAGCAAUGGCCAUAUCACAGCUGAAGCCAUGAUGGAUAUACUGAGAGAUAAAGAGAGUGGUAUUAAUAUGGAAGGCAUGUUCAUGACAACAGGAAGUAUGGUAUCUGUGCUGCCUAAGGACCAGUCGCUGCCUGGGGUUCAUUAUUUCACUGCAACUCCUGACCCAGAAAGGUCCAUUUUCAAGCCGUUUAUCUUUGUAGCAGACAUAAAACCACUGAAUCAUACAUGUUCUCCGUGUUUUGGAGAGGACGAUCCAGUGAAGAAGAAACCUCGCUUUCAGAACAAACCCAACCGUAAACACCCACUAUUCAUAAAACAUGAGGUGGUGGCUGCUAUAAUAGACAGCACAAGGGAGAAAGGUCAGAGGAUCAUGCAGAACAUGCAAGAGCUGGAGAAGCAAAAACUGGCAGAAAUGGAGCAAUACUUAACUACAGGUGUGGAGGACUCGACUCUGUUGGUUCAUCUCUUCUCAAAUACAGUUGAGGAAGAGCUGAGUAUUUACAGCAAAGCCUGAAACAGCCCAGAGAGACUCUUAGAUCUUAUUAUAGAAAUAAAGCAAUUAACUGUUGAUGAACAGAAAUGUAGUUAACUGCACGUAAUUCAAAUGCACAUAGAUUGCACCUUGUUCAGUAUAUAGCCAUUCCUUUGUGUAAAAUUGCUCUGGUAAUAGCAAUAUAGCAUGAUAAGAAUUAAAUACAGGUAUAAAUAUCUUAGUGAUAUCAGUUUUUCCCGUCAGACCUACAGAUAAAUAACCUACACAUACUCUGUGUAAUUUUAACAAAUUUGUAUAGGUAAUUUUGCUUUAUAGAUAAAUAGAUGGUGGUGGUUAUGUUGUGGGUUUUUUUUUUUUUUUUUACCCCCACUAUAAAUUGCAUAAAUAAUUUAUACAAAAAAGUGCACUUUGAAAAAAAUGGUUUAUUUGAUACCCAAAUGAAACAUUAAGGCUGUGCUAUAUAAGAAUAAAGAACUGUACCUCUAAUAAAUAAAGUAGCAAAAAAAAACUUUAGUAUGUUAACAUCAGAUACUGCCAGGUUUCAAUUAAUGCUUAGGUUUUGAAGAGGCUUAUAUUAAACGAUACACACAAAAAAAAAUACAAAAGCCCCAUUUCCUUAGGCUUCAGAGGAAACACAUCAAUUGAUCAUUACAUCCUUAACAGGACAUGAAUUGCUAUGGCACACUCGUACAAUGUGUUACAUGUAUUAGAGUGAAGUUGAAUGUCUUUUGAACGCUGAAUAAUGGGAUAAAUGACUGUAAUUUGACAAUAGCAAUAUAAUUGAAAUCCUAACCUAUGAAUCAGAAAGUGAUGAAUGGUACAAAUAAACAUUUCCCCCCGAGUGUUUUUACAGAAA